AUGAAGCGCCGCAUCGCGUCUCUGCCCCCAGUGUCCCAGGAGGUUUUUAACGACAAGGUCCUUGCUGCCAAAGCCACAACUAGUGCUGCCGCCGCCAAAGCUUCCUUUGAGAAGACAUGUGUCGCCUGCCAGAAGACAUUCUUCAGCGAGAACUCGUAUCAGAACCACGUGAAGAGUUCCAAGCACAAGGCCCGUGAGGCACAGAUGCUUAGAGACAGCGCCGAUGAUGCAUCGUCUGUCAUGAGUUCUACUUUCUCUCUGGGCGAGCCAGUCAACAAGCCUCGUGAGCGGUCGGAGGUGUCGAAAGUUACGGAGAGUCUCAAGAACGCUACCAUCGAAGAGGAUGACGAAGAUGAGGAAAUGGAAGAGCAGGGCUUCUCGGCCUCCCGUUGUCUUUUCUGUAAUGAGAAAUCUUCAGAUCUUCAACAAAACACCGAGCACAUGUUCAAGACCCACGGCAUGUUCAUACCAGAGAAGGACUAUCUUGUUGAUUUGGAGGGACUUGUCCACUAUCUUUAUCGGAAGAUCAAUGAGAACAGUGAAUGUUUAUACUGCCAUGCCGUCCGAAACAACCCCGAGGGUGCUCGUACCCACAUGCGCGACAAGGGUCACUGCAUGAUCGCAUUCGAAAAGCAAGAUGAGCAAGUUGAAAUCGGACAGUUCUAUGACUUCCGCAGCACUUACUCAGAUGGUGAGGGUGAGGAUGAGGAGGACUCGAUCAUGGAGGAUGGUGGUGUCAAGGUGGAUGGCGAGGAUGAUGAGGGAUGGGAAACCGAAACUUCUGCAUCUUCUAUGGAUGACGAUGAGGAUGAGCUCGACGACACGAAGGGACAGGUCUAUGCGACAGAGUUUGAGCUGCAUUUGCCCUCAGGCCGCACUGCAGGUCACCGAUCGCUCGCCAAAUACUACCGCCAGAACUUGCGUAACUACCCUACAGCGGAAGAACGGGCAGCUCGUCAGCUGGCUAUUGAAAAUGGCGAGAUUGAGGAGGAGGAACCGAAACCCAGGGGUCGCGACCUCAAUCGGGCCGUUGUUAGCCGUGGCAAUGGCGGUAUGGGUAUGAUCGGUGCUACUGACAGCCAGAAGCAAUUUGCUGCUGAGCUUGAACGCAAAGACCGGACUCGUGCCCAGCGACAAGAGAAGCGGUACACAGCUCGGGUCAACCGGGCUGCCAAUAACCAGAAGCACUUCAGGGAUCCCCUCCUGCAGUAG